AUGUGUGUGGCGAUUUAUCUCCUGUGUGUAAUCGGGCUGACCCGAGCUCAAGAGAGACUCAAUGAUCUUCAGUUCCGUUCGUUUGGAAAUCCGACGUCUGCAACGCAAUUGCAAAGAUCUGCUCAACAAUUUCGGAUCCCUACCGCAUUUCCAAAUGGAUUUCAUUCACCUAGUAUUUCUCCGGCUCUAAUUCGACACAAUAUCGCAGGACCGAAUCCGUUUGGAAGAAAUAGGAACAGUUUGAUGAACUCCAAUGGUUUAUUGAUGAUGUUUCCGACCCAGGCUGGUCGCUUGAUUCCAGGAUUGGCCUUUAAUCGUCCAGCACCGUUAUCAUCUGUCCUUCAAAGACCUGCGUUCCCUUUUACACCACCAAGUGUACAUCGACUUAACAGAGGACGUAAUGCUAUAAGUGAAAAUUCAGGACAGCGUUUGGCUGGAUUAAACCAAGAUCGCCCAUCUCUUUCGGGGAUGCGCCGACCUAAUGGUGUUACUCCCAGAGGGCAAAACGUCGUACCUCAGACAAGACCCUCAUCAUCGCAACCACGAAAUCCUGCAACAUCGGACAAGGCAACGCAAAGAAUUGUCGACUUUAUAUUGGGGAAGAAGAGUCAAAACACCAACCAAAACCCUAUACAGCCUACUGUAGAUACUAUAAGUAAUGUAGAGAUGGCCAAACCACCUCCAAGAAAGUCGGUGUUUCCAAAUCCAACAGGACUGUCCACAAAUGUCGUAGACAUUAAUAAAGCAUCACCCGAAAUCCGUUUUAAAUCAAGGACUGACGAGGAAAUAAGGCAAGAAGUAGAGGAAAGAAUGAGACAGCUUAAUGCAUUUCUCGCCAGAAAUCCAGCAGCCAUAGCAUCUCCAAUCCAUAAUGUGGUAAACAACCAUCAUUUACCUCAUAACAUCCGGCAUUAUUUCAAUAAUGUCAAUCGCCGUACGGAACGAGUCGACCAAAACACUUUGAACACAAGAGUCAUGGAAGCAUUCAAAAACCGCGACAAAAGUGGUAAAAAACCAAUUGUAGUUGAUGGUGGUGUCGCAGAGCAAGUGAUGCCUACCAUUGUCGUCGAUGGAGGUGUUUCAUGGAGAAACCAAGGUAUUCAUCUUGACCAAAACCAGCGACCACGUGCAUUUAAUCUAGAAACGGACAAAGAGCUUGCCAAGCUCUUUCCAAUUCCUCCAUCAUAA